GAAUAUAUGUACAUAAAUCGAAACCGCGUGAAACGAGAUUUUAGUUGAAUUUGAGCAAGCGGCAGACGCGCAACACACGUCCUGAAGCAUCGAUAAAUCGGAUUCGGAAUCGGAAUAGCCAAACUCGUCGGGUUAUACUACAAUCAGCAGCUUUACUUUGAAAUGAUCGUAUCUAAGCACCUGAGAAAAGAACUUUUUAAAGUGCCGCAGUACAGGUGCAGCUUAUGAAUCUCGCCGAAGUGAAACAAACGUGCGGAAAGAUCAGCUAUUCCAUUGCCCGAUAGUAAAUCCAAGGAGCAAUGGUGCGAAAUCUGUGGACUGCCCUCCUCCUGCUGGGCAGUGCUAGCUGCGGUUCGAGUGUGCCGGUCAAGGCAAAUGAUCCGGAACAGCGUUGUCCGUACCUCGGAGAGUGCAAUUCAACGAUCAAUCAGCAACAAAUCGAUACCCUGAUGUCCUACGUGGACAGCGAAAAGAAUCCAUGCGAGGAUUUCUAUGCCUACGCCUGCGGAAAAUGGCGGGCGAAGCAUGGAAGCCACACAACCGCCACGAUGAUCAGCGAAUCGCAGAUUAACCGCCAGUACGAGGACCUUUUCCUCCGACUGCUGAGGAAUCCCAGGGCCCCAGAAUACAGAUACCCCAUGUACGCCAAGGUGUUGGCCCAUUACCAGUCAUGCAUCGCCCUGGAGAAGCCGGAUCUGAGGCGAUACAUCGAACUACUGGACCGGGAUCUGCUCGCCUCCUUGAACUCCACGCACUGGAUGCACCUGCUGGCGGUUUUAGGGCGGUAUGGUUACCACGGUCACUACGUCCAAGUAGAGGUACGUUGGUACAACGCCACCCAUCACAUGAUCUUCCUGCUGCCGCACAAUCGCCACCUGAACCUGAGUCUCACGCAGGACAUCUAUGAUGCGCUGAGUCAGGAUAGCUCCUCCUGGCCGCCGCUCCACCAGCUGCAGGAGCAAUUCAGAAGUCUGGAGCAGAACUUAGUGCGACUGGCUAAGCCCCAUUCGGCGGACGAUACCUUCCGGAAUUACAGUCUGGAUCAGAUUCGGACGGAGGUGCCGGGACUGCAGUGGGACGAGGCGCUAAGGACACAGCUGGGCAGAUCGGUGCCCGGGAAUCACGUCUUCCAGGUGGACGACUUGGACGCCAUCGAGGGGCUUGUGGAGUACCUCAAUACGGUGGAUUCCCUCCUGCUUAAUCGCUACAGCCUGGCAAGGCUCCUCAGCCACCUGCUAGAGCUUCCACACAAUCCGCUGGCCACUUGGGAGUCCGGUCAGCGAUCGCGGGGAAAGAACUGCAUUCGUCACAUGCGCCGCUCCGUUUACCUGCCGAUGAACUACGUCUACGAGAGAAGUUUCUACUCCCGGCACCGCCACGCGGACGAGCUGGUCAUCCACAGCGUCUUCCAGCAGCUGCAGAGUCAACUGGAGCUGCGGGUGCAGCACAACGCCUUCAAUCUAAGCCAGGAUCUGGUGAAAUCGCUGCAGGCAAAGGUGCACCAGAUGCGCAUCAACGUGGGCAACCUGCCGCCCAAUGUGACGGAGCAGUUCUAUUUGGACAGCGACCGGCGGUGGAGCGUGGGCGGCGACUUCUACGAGAAUCACCUGAACAGCCUGCUGUACUACUACACGCUAGUCGCCGAUCUGGAAAGCAGCUCGGACCAGGAGGAACGGGACAUCUGGUAUAGCUUCAAUAUGCACACGCCCGAGUUUCCCGACAACAUCGAUGCCACGCCGUACUUCUACUGCCUGGGCAACAUCAUCUUCGUGCCGUACUCCUACGUGAAGCGUCCCUUCUUCGAUGCCAACUUCUGGCCAGCGCUGCUCUACGGCGAUCUGGCCAACACCCUGGGCCACGAGAUCAUGCACGCCUUCGACACGGACCUGGUGGACUACGAUGCGCAGGGUAAUCUGCGUAACUUCAGCGACCAGUUGGGCGAUGUGGAGCUCUACAACGAAGCGGUUGGAUGCCUUAACAGCAGCGCCGUGAUGCUGAACGAGCGCACCUCCGACGUCAGCGGAUCCCGGCUGGCCCUGCAGACCUACGGCGGCGACUGGCUCACCCGGUCGGGCAACGGGCGCCUCUACUUCCUCCAGUUCGCCCACUUCUUCUGCGGCGACGAGGGUGACCAGUACCACGAUUCCGGCAGCCAGCGGCUGAACUACGCCCUCGGCCAGGUGCCGCAGUUCGCAGAGGUGUUCCGGUGCCACGUUGGCUCCGGAAUGACCAGCGCGGACCAGUGCCCCUUCUGGUGAGGGAUGCCCUCAGACGGUCGGUGACUCCCACUGCUAGUCGGUGUAUAGCUUUAAUUAGGAACCCAAGUAUUGUGAAUAAACUUCUAUGCUUAGCAAU